UGUUUAUCAGCUGAUCAAAAGUUUAAGACCAUCGCUCAAAAAAUAACAAAAAACUCUCCAAACCAGAACAAAAACUGUUCUCAGUAGGACUCAGUAAUGAGGAGCUCCACCGUUCUUGUUCAUCACUUCAAAAAUGGCUUUGGGCAUGCUUGAUGCGAGUGUUUCCAGGAGGCUAGUGGGAACAUUGCUCCAAGUGGUGAAGAUGGCUUCACCAAGGGCAUCAACUGUCUGGAACUGAUGGCCAUUUUUAUAAACUUCCCUUGCCAUCCAUCCCCAAAUGUUCUCUAUGGGAUUUAAAUGAGGGGAACAUGCAGGAUGGUCCAAAAGAGUGAUGUUAUUCUCCCUGAAGAAGUCCUUGGUCAAGCCAGCAUUGUGAACUGCAGCGUUGUCCUGUUGAAGAACCCAGCUGGUACCACACAGACGAGGGCCCUCAGUCAUGAGGGAUGCCCGCUGCAACACCUGCACGUAAGCGGCCGCCGUUUGACGACCCUGCACCACCUGAAGCUCCGGUGUUCCACUGAAUGAAAAAGCACCCCAGACCAUGAUGGACCCCCCUGCACUUUGCUGAGUAGAAAACAUCUCAGGUGGGAUCUCCUUGUCAUGCCAGUAACGUUGGAAGCCAUCUGGACCGUCAAGGUUACAUUUUUUCUCAUCAGAGAAUAAAACUUUGUUCCACCUUUCAAUGUCCCAUGUUUGAUGCUCCCUGGCAACGUCUAAACGGGCACUUUUGUGGCGUUGAAGGAGACGAGGUCCUUAAAUUUGUUUUUUAAAGCCUUUUCCCACAGAUGGCGUCUGAUGGUUAUUGCACUGCAGUCAACACCAGUAAGGGUCUUAAUGUGGGUGGAAGACCGCCUGUGUCUUGAUCGACAGCCAAUCGGAUCCUCCGGCUCAGCGCAGGAUGUGGUACCAAAGCGUGCGAGCUCGUGAUGAGGUGACGGCGGUGAAGACGGAGCCCGGGAAGCAGCGCUACGUGCGCAAGGAGGGAAGCUGUGACGUGGUGUUCCGUCACGUACCCGAGGAGUGGCUCCUGUUCGUCACGGACAUCUUCACCACGCUGGUGGAGAUCCGCUGGCGGGUGAUGUUCCUCAUCUUCGCUCUGUCCUACAUCCUGUCGUGGCUCUUCUUCGGGAUUGUCUUCUGGGUCAUCGCUCUGGCUCACGGGGACGUGCAGGACCCCAAACUGGCGCCGUGCGUCUACGAGGUGCGCAGCUUCACCGCCGCCUUCCUCUUCUCGUUGGAGACGCAGACCACCAUCGGCUACGGCACCAGAGGAAUGUCGGAGAACUGUACCGUGGCCAUCGUGGCGGUCACCAUCCAGGACGUGGUCAGCUGCUUCAUCGACACCUUCGUCAUUGGCAUCGCCGUGGCCAAGAUGGCGUCCGCCAGGAAGCGAGCGCAGACGGUGGGCUUCAGCAGCUGUGCCGUCAUCAACCUCCGUGACGGCCACCUGUGCCUCUCUUGGAGGGUUGGCGACUUCCGCCGCCAUCACCUGGUGGAGGGGACGGCUCGCGCUCAGAUCGUACGCUCCACCGUGCACGCCACCGGCAAGGUGGACGUGACCUACGAGGACCUGCUCAUCCAGCAGCCCGACAUUGUCCUGGUCACGCCCACCACCCUCUGCCACUGCAUCCUCGCCGGAAGUCCGCUCUACGGAAUGAGCCCCGCGCAGCUGCGGCACUCCGGCUUGGAGGUGGUGGUGUCCUUCACGUACACAGACGACAGCACGGGAACGCUGCACCAGACGCGCACGUCCUACACGCCCGAAGACAUCCUGUGGGGUCACGUCUUCCAGGAGAUGAUCCGCGCCGGCAGGAGACGCUACACGGUGGACUACGUCCUCUUCAACCAAACCGCCAAGGUUCUGCUGCCUGAGCUCAGCGCCGAGGCCUACCAGCUCCACAAGCGUCCUUCGCCCAGGUCGCGUCGCCCCGAUGACCUCCUCGCCCCACCCAGGGUGAAGGUGCGACCGGCGAAGGAAGGCGACCUCGCCGACCGCAAACACCCUGACACGCUAGCGCCACCUGACGCCAGUCGCCCAGAAAUGUAACGCUUCACGUCACGGAGGGGUCACGUUAGCGCUAGCCAGUGUUAUGAUGUCAUCAACAUAUGGGUCUUGGUCAAAGGUCAACAUGGCAUAGUCAUGAUGAUGAUGAUGAUGAAGACAGAGCAACAUAUGUUUGUGUUGACAAUAAAGGUCAAAUGUUAACAAACAUUUGUUGUGCAGGAAUUUCACAAUAAAAGCAUGACCUCAUGAAA